CAACCGAAACAGCAGAAGCCUUCGACGGCCCCAGAGACACAGACCCGGGUUGAGGAUUGCAUUUGGGUCGCUGGCACUUCAACGAAAACUGCAGUCGCAGUCAAUUUCGAGGUCACGAGUACGACACCAGGUCUUCAACGGCUGGAACAAGCCGGGGGUGAUUUGUACGAGCCGGGAACAGCGGCGCCACGCGCAAGCGCGCGCAUUAUCGACGGAUUAGAUGUUCUGGAUCCCGACUUCGAAGACGACCACGAUGCUGCGCUGUCCGUCGCCAACGUUGCUGCCAGCGAGGCUCGCCAGGAUGCUGCUAACCCGCAGUAGCUGACAAUCGCAAGCAGCUGCAUGGAGCACACUGCUAAGCCGUAAAUGUGUAGUUCAUAGUCAGUACCUUCAAGAAUAUCACAAAAGCAAUGGGAACGAGCUCAUGUUAUUUGCGUUGACUUCAAU